CCCCGCAAACAUCAAGUGCUUCUUCCCGAUCGAUCAGCGACUCUUCUUCUCGAAAAAAGCAGCAGAAGAAGCUUAAGGCGAAGAAGAGAAGAAGAAGAUGGUGAAGGUGUUGACCUACUUUGGGAUGACAUUGGCUGCUUUCGCCUUCUGGCAGUCCAUGGACAAAGUUCAUGUCUGGAUCGCUCUUCACCAAGACGAGAAGCAAGAGAGAAUGGAGAAGGAAGCGGAGGUAAAGCGGGUUAGAGCAGAACUGCUGAGGAGAGCUAGAGAGGAGGAUCCUCUUGCCUGAUCAUAGUUUUUGUUGGCUUUCUAAUCAAAUAUCAAUUCCCUACUCCCCUUCACAUUUGUUUUUCACUGUUAUGGACCAAAAUCGAGUUUGCAUAACAUAUAUGCUUUUGAAUUUGUGAUGAUCAUGAAUAAUAUAGCCUUCUUCGUUGUU